CGCCCUCCUUCAACCGCACCCCAGUCCAAGCCCGCCUCACUCCCCAGCAUCCAAGCUGCUCUAUCCGAUCUUUUCGCAGGCGACUGGUACCUCGUUCGCUCCUCUAUCCCCUUCUGGAAAGACAAACGCAACGUCCGCCUCAACUACAACCUCGCUCCUUCUGGCUCUCAUAUCGACGACACUGCAUCUUACCAACCGGUGACCUCGAACACUGUCAAAACGCUAGUCGGGAAAAACACUCUAGUGGACGGCGAGACGGGAACGUACACGUGGCAAGGCAAGGGACUUCUUAGAGUUGCGAGUGGACGGUGGGAGGUUCUGAGUUUCACGGCGCGCGAGGGC